AACGGUUACAAGAAUGGAUCUCCGUCAUGCUUUGCUUCCUCCUGAUGUCCUUUAAUUUCUGCAACAUAGUCCGCUAUUUCAGCUACGAACACACGGCCAGCAUUGUACUCAGCAUCGUUGCAGGGAUUGUCACAGCCGACUUCGCCUCGGGUUUAGUGCACUGGGGAGCGGACACGUGGGGCUCCGUAGAGCUGCCCAUUGUCGGGAGGGCCUUCAUCAGACCCUUCCGGGAACACCAUAUCGACCCCACCGCCAUCACCCGGCAUGACUUUAUAGAGACCAACGGAGAUAACUGCAUGCUGACCAUCAUCCCCUUGUCUUGUAUGGCCUAUAAAUUCAUCAACCACUCUCCAGAUCUCCUCUACAAGUCCUACGCCACCGACUGCUUCAUAUUCGCCUUGGCCAUGUUCGUCACACUGACCAACCAGAUUCACAAGUGGUCUCACACCUACUUUGGUCUUCCUUGCUGGGUGGUCUUCCUCCAAGACUGGCACGUCAUCUUACCCCGCAAACAUCACCGCAUCCACCACGUGUCUCCGCACGAAACUUAUUUCUGUAUAACGACAGGCGUCAAAGUCCCUCGUAACUUUCGACUGUUGGAAGAACUCGAGGAAGGACAGAAAGGAGUUGGUGACGGCACAGUCAGCUGGGGUCUGGUCGACGACGAAGACAUGACACUCACAAAAUGGACUGGUAUGAUCAUCGGACCUCCUAGAACAAUUUAUGAAAACAGAAUAUACAGCCUUAAAAUAGAGUGUGGACCUAAAUACCCCGAAUGCCCUCCGUUCGUUAGAUUUGUCACGAAAGUUAAUAUGAGCGGGGUGAAUAAUUCUAAUGGAGUGGUGGACCCAAGAUCCAUAUCCGUUUUAGCAAAAUGGCAAAAUUCCUAUUGCAUCAAAGUUAUCCUUCAAGAAAUGCGACGUCUAAUGAUGUCCAAAGAAAAUAUGAAACUUCCUCAGCCGCCCGAAGGACAAUGUUACAGCAAUUGAAAAAAAAAAAAAAUAUUAAAACAACAAGAAAAAAAAAAAUCAAAAACGGCAAAAAUGAUAAAAAAAAUAAAUAAUGUUCAUGCCCAAUUUAAGAAAGAAAAAGGAAUUUAGGCUGUCUUCAUUUUCUGCGGUAGUCAGUUUUUCUAGACACAUCCUGUAGACCUCAGACUUACUGGAAAAAGGAAAUUACAAGAUAAAAAUAUAAAAGUCAGAUUUAUCUUGAGACGCUGUAAAUUAUACUAAUUUUAUUUUAUUUUUGUUUUUUCCCAUUUUCAGAAAGAAACAAAAAUUUAUAAGUUUGUGCUUAUAACCAUUUAAUCCUGUCUGCAUAGUUUAAAGUUCUGGUGUCGAGAAAAAA